CUGAAGUUCUGAUCCCAUUUCGAGCCCUAACCAAACAACGCCAUCCACACUGUGGACAUCAAGAAUCAAUAAGAGCUCUCACAUACUGCUCACGCAUCCUAAGAAGAUCCCCAAAAUCAACCAUGAAAAUCAGAUCAAUGAAGCUGCGGGAGGCUCACAAGAACAAUGGUGUAAGCUCCUACUGUACCAUCCUGUGGGACCUCACUGCCGAGCACAUCGUUACUGCUUCUUCUUCCGACGCCUCCAUUUCAAUCCACGAUGCUCUUUUACCUUCAAAUACGCCACGAUUUCUUCGUAAUCAUAGAGAUGGUGUCACCACUUUGGCCCUCAGCCCUAAUUCCUCAUGCCUAGCUUCUGGAUCUAGUGACCGCUCCGUCAAGCUAUAUAAGUUCCCUGGUGGAGAAUUCGAAUCAAAUAUUACCAGAUUCACAUUGCCUAUUCGUGCCUUAUCUUUCAACAGAUCAGGUACCAUGUUAGCAGCUGGUGGUGAUGAUGAUGGCAUCAAACUUAUCAACACAAUAGAUGGAUCAGUUGCAAGGGUUUUAAAAGGACACAGAGGAUCCAUCACAUCCAUAUCUUUUGAUCCCAAAAGUGAAUACUUAGCAUCUGUGGAUUCAUUUGGAACUGUUAUAAUCUGGGAGCUUCAAUCCGGUACAACACUCCACACUCUAAAAAACAUUUCCCAUAAUACCCCUCCAGAUUUCACAACAUUAUCUGCACUCUCCUGGAGUCCAGAUGGCGAAAUGCUAGCUGUUUCUGGUUUAAAAAACGAUGUUAUCAUGUAUGAUAGAGACACAGCUGAAAAACUUUUCACAUUAAGAGGUGAACACACACAACCUGUGUGUUUCUUGGCUUUUUCACUUAAUGGAAAGUACAUUUCCACAUCUGGCUUAGAUAAACAGGUUUUGAUAUGGGAUGUUGUUAAGAAACAAGACAUUGAAAGACAAAAGUUUGAAGAAGUGAUAUCUUCUAUGACAUGGAAGCCACAUGGGAAUGCUUUAGCUGUUAUUGAUGUUAUGGGAAAGUAUGGUGUUUGGGACUCUGUUGUUCCAUCAUCCAUGACAUCACCUACAGAAGGGGGGCCCACUUUGGAUUCAAAGAAAAGUGAUGGUUUACUUUUCUUUGAUGAAGAAGAAAAAGAGAUUAGUACAUCUGGAAGUAUGAGUGAUCAUGGUGAAGAAGAAGAUAGCUUUAUGAAUUCUGAACAACCUACAAGAAAAAGAUUGAGGAAUUUCAAAUAUGAUGAAGAUUCAGAUGAUGAUAUUAAUGAUAUGAGUUUGCUUCCAAAAGUUGAAUCGAAUAAAAAACGUUCAACUGCUGACGUGGCAAACAUGAAAAAUGGGAAGGGGACAACAACAGAUGUGGUGAUGAUUACAGGACCAAAAAUGCAGGAAGCUUUUCAGCCUGGUGUGACACCUGUCCAAUCUGGAAAAAGGCGAUUUUUAUGCUAUAAUAUGCUUGGAAGUAUAACAACAAUGGAGCAUGAUGGAUACUCUCACAUUGAGAUUGAUUUUCAUGACACUGGUAGGGGCCCACGAGUUCCAGCAAUGACAGAUUACUUUGGUUUCACAAUGGCUUCAUUGAAUGAAAAUGGAAGUGUUUUUGCAAAUCCAUGUAAAGGUGAAAAAAACAUGAGCACUCUCAUGUAUAGACCCUUUAGAAGUUGGGCAAAUAAUAGUGAGUGGUCUAUGAGAUUUGAAGAAGAAGAAGUAAAAGCAGUAGCACUUGGCACUUCAUGGGUUGCUGCUGUUACAAGUUUGAAUUUCCUUCGUAUUUACACAGAUGGUGGAUUACAGAGGCAUGUUGUUUCUCUUGAUGGGCCUGUAGUAACUGCAUCAGGGUUUGGGGAUGAGCUUGCAGUUGUCACACAUUCUUCUCCCUCUCUCCCUUCAAAUGAACAAAUGCUAGAGUUUAGAGUAUUGAAUGUUCCCAAUGGAACACAAGCUAUUAGAGGAAAGUUGGCAUUGACUCCUGGAUCCAUUUUAACAUGGUUUGGUUUUAGUGAAGAAGGUCAACUAACUUCAUUUGACUCCAUGGGUGUUCUUCGUGUAUUCAGUAAUCAGUAUGGAGGCAGCUGGUUUCCACUCUUUAGUGCAAGUAAAUUAAAGAAGAAAGAUGAAAGCUAUUGGGUUGUUGGAUUAAAUAAAACCAAUUUAUUUUGCGUUUUAUGCAAAUCCCCUGAUAAAUUCCCACAGGCUGUUCCUAAACCAGUUCUUACACUAUUAGAUCUUUCAAUUCCUCUUGCAUCAUCUGAUUUGGGAGCUGAAGCUCUUGAAAAUGAGUUCAUUAUUAGCAACAUGCAUCUCUCCCAGAUUCAAAGAAAGAUUGAAGAAAAAGAAGCAAUGGGAGAUGAUGAUACAGCUUCACUUGAAGAUGAAGCCUUUAAUAUUGAAGCAGCUUUAGAUCGAUGCAUCUUAAGACUCAUUGCUUCCUGUUGUAAUGGUGAUAAACUUGUGAGAGCUAUAGAACUUGUUAAGCUUCUUUCACUAGAGAAAUCUGUUAGAGGUGCAAUAAAGCUUGUCACAGCUUUAAAACUACCAAAUUUAGCAGAAAGAUUCAACACCAUAUUGGAGGAAAGGUUGCUUAAAGAAGAAGCAAUAGAGACUAAAACAGAGACUGUUUGUGUUAAUAAUACAACAACAAAAACAUUCAUAUCACCAGAAAUUGUGAAAGCUACAGAAUGUGUGAAUGAAGUACAACUUACUUCGCCUUCUUUUGUGAAGAAAAAAGCAACAGAAAAUUCAACAACUAAAAUUGGGAAAGUGGUGGAAUUGAAAGAUACAAAAUUGGAAAGUAAAGGUUUAGUGAAGAAGAGUAAUGGGGAGGUGAGUCAACAAAGGUCAACAAAUCCGUUUGUGAAAUCUUUAAACAAUCAAGAAAAAGAAAAAAGCUCAUCGGUGUUUGAUUCUUUGAAGAAGUUUAAGAAGAAUGAGAAAUAGGGUUUGGAAAUGGUAAAAGAUGUGUAUAUAUAUAUGACUUGAGUUGUAGUUGUUUGUUACCAAUGGUUUUGUGAUUUUUGUUUAGAUAUUAUUAUGGAGUUUGUUUAAAGUUAUUUAUAUUAUAGGUUUUUAAAUGGAU